AUGUUCAAGCUACUGGCCGUCUCUCUCGCGGAUCUGUGGACGCAACGGUUCACCUUUGCCCGCAUGGGCCUCGACCUGCAGCCUCUGGCGGGCACUGGCGAUGGCGUUCUGCGUAGGCCCAUUCUAUAUGGGAUUAUGGUGCUGGCCACCAGCUUUGAGCUGUGCACCGUCUGCGCCUUCAUGGUGCACCAUCGCCACCAGAUCGUGCUCUGCUCAGAGGCGCUGAUGCACGGCCUGCAGAUGAUCUCCUCGCUGCUCAAGAUGACCAUCUUCCUGGCUAAGUCCCGCGAUCUCAUCUCGCUCAUCCACCAGCUGCAGGAGCCCGUACCCAGCCGAGUGGUGCGUCGCGGCCAGCUGCUGGCUGCCAUCUACUUUCUGAUGUGUGCCGGAACGAGCGUCUCCUUUCUCCUGGUGCCACUGGCCCUGACCAUGCUGCGCUUCUACCAGACGGACCGGUUCGAGCCGGUCAGCUCUUUUCGUGUGCUACUCCCCUACGAUGUGACCCAGCCGCAUAUCUAUGCCCUAGACUGCUGCCUGAUGGUCUUUGUGCUGACCUUCUUCUGCUGCUCCACGACUGCGGUGGACACACUGUACGGCUGGUUCGCCCUGGGCCUGAGCUCCCACUACCGCCGCCUCACCGCCCAGCUGCAGCCUCAGCUGCUGCAGUCUGAUCCAUCCCGCUCCGACCUGGGCCUGGGCGAACUGUUUGCCCAGCACUCGCGUCUCCUGGCACUGGUGGCACGCUUCAAUGUGGCCUUCCGGGAGAUCGCCUUCGUAGAGGUACUGGUCAUCUGUGUGCUCUACUGCUCCGUCAUCUGUCAGUACAUCAUGCCGCACACGGACCAGAACUUUGCCUUUCUCGGCUUCUUCUCGAUGGUGGUGACCACACAGCUGUGCAUCUAUCUCUUUGGCGCCGAGCAGGUGCGCCUUGAGGCGGAGCGUUUCUCGCGGCAUCUAUACCAGGAGAUGCCCUGGCAGCGCCUUUCCCCGAGCCAUCGAAGGCUGCUGCUGCUGCCCCUGCAGCGUGCCCAAAGCGAAAUGGUGCUGGGCGCCUACUUCUUUGACCUGGGCAGGCCUCUGCUCGUUUGGAUCUUCAGGACAGCUGGCUCCUUUACCACACUGCUGAAUGCGCUCUAUGCCAAAUACGAGACAGCUUGA